ACUGGAAAACUCACUCUACAAAGUGAUGUUUAUGCAUUUGGUGUUGUUCUUCUGGAGCUUUUGACAGGACGUCGAGCUGUAGAUCUAAACCAGGGUCCAAAUGAUCAAAACCUUGUACUACAGGUGAGGCAUUUACUGAAUGACCGCAAGAAGCUUCGUAAGGUGAUAGAUCCAGAGAUGGCUCGAAAUUCUUACACUCUUGAGUCUAUAUUCAUGUUUGCCAAUCUGGCAUCACGGUGUGUCCGUACUGAGAGUAAUGAGAGACCUUCAAUGGUAGAAUGUGCCAAAGAAAUCCAAAUGAUUAUCUAUACAAAUUCAAAAGGUUUGGGGAUGGUUCUGCAUAGCUUGAGAACAGCCUAA